ACACUAUCUACUGAGGCUUGAGCAUCCUGUGUAAACUUCACAGAGUCGACGAGCUAAGAGUAAAAGAUCUACCAACCCACACAAAGAGAUUAUGUCUGCAGACAAUGGAUUAUUAGCUGCUGUGUAUCAAGGCUCCAACGUUUUAUGUGAUAAGGAGCACAACUUGUCGUUAAUGAAGGACCAAAUAAAGAGGGCAAGCUCAGACAAAGUGAAACUCAUCAUCUUCCCAGAGCUCUUCACAACAGGGUACUGUCUACCCAAGGGGUCUGAGGAUAUUGAGAGGCUGGCCGAGACCCAGAAUGGUCCCAGUUUCCAAAAAAUAUCACAAUGGGCAAGUGAGUAUCAAAUUGGUAUCAUUUAUGGAUACCCUGAAAAGGAAGACAAAGAUGGUAGCGUUUAUUAUUAUAAUUCGGCUCAAUUCAUAGACAAGCAAGGCUCUUCGCUAUCAAAUUACCGUAAGCUUCAUUUGUGGCCGUCGACAGACAAAGACUUCACCCCAGGGUCUCAGCUACCUGAUGUAGUCUCGUAUGAAGGAGUCAAGAUUGCAAUGAUGAUCUGCUAUGAUGCCGAGUUUCCAGAGCUAGUGAGAGCAAUGGUGCUGAAAGGUUCCCAGCUAAUAGUGGUACCAACAGCAGAUACAUACAUCAGCACUGCUACUAUAAUGGUAAGGACCAGAGCUUUAGAGAAUCACGUGUUCCUGGCAUAUGCUAAUCACUGUGGCCGGGAGAGUCACAUAAAGUAUGCUGGGCUUAGCUCUUUUAUUAAUCCAGAUGGGGAUAUCAUUGUGUCUGCUGAAGACAAGGAGUCCCUGUUGAAAGCUGUUAUUAAUGUUGAUCUCUGUACACCAAAAAGACCGUCUUAUUUAGAUAAUAGGCGACCUGAACUCUACGCAUCUAUUGCCGUGUAAAUUGUGUUAUAAUAAUAAUACCAAAAGACUGCAAUAGGUAUCAAGAGUAUAGGUACAUUAUUAUUAUUUAUAAUUAUAUUAUUGAAUAUACAAUAGAUAUAUUAAUGUCAAA